CGAGACACCCCCUCCCCUACAGACAGGCACCUGCCCCUUGGUCCCCCGGAGACCAGGUUCUCCCCACGCGGAGUUUCCUAUAGGUACCCCGCCCCUAUAGACAGGCACCUCCCCUGUAGGCAUGGACUCUCCCCGGCCAGUUCCUUAUAGAGAAGGAUCUUCCCGGUCCCCUAUAGGCAACCCCCCCCCCAUGGUCCCUAAUGGAGAUGUCCCCUCCUUUUGGUGCCUUAUCGAUAUAGGUCCCUUUUUGGUCCCCUAUAGACGUGCGUCCCCCGAUCCCUCUGUAGAUCAGGAUCUACCUUGUGCGUGGUCCCCUAUAGACACCACCCAGUCCCCUACAGAGACGGACCCCCCCGGUCCCUUAUAGACAAAGAUGGUUUCCCAUCUCAGUCCCCUAUAGACAAGGACUAUCCUUUUGUCCUGUAUAGACAUAAACACCCCCCCCCGUUCCCUAUACACAAGGAAUUGCCCCCCCAUCCCCUAUAGAUAAGGAACUCCCCCUGCCAGUCUCCUAUAGACAUGGACUCCCCCAGUCUGCUAUAGGAGUGGACCCCCCCACUCACCUAUAGACGAGGACCCCUCGCUUCGAUCACCGAUGGAUGUGGCCCCAUAUAGGCGCUCUCCGUACCGUAUAGAGAGGGUCCCCUUUGCAUUGCGAGGGAGGGGCUCUAUAGGAGGAGGGCUCUCCCAGGCCCCUAUAGAUGUGGGAAUGGGGAGAGAGCAGGCAGCCUGCUUCGCCCCAGGGCAUUGUGGGAAGUCAGGAAUUGCUCUGCUGUAUCUUUGGGGGAGAUCACUGCCUGUUUAACAUGCAAAUUGAUUGCUGGCUCAUUUGCAUAAGUGGGUGGUAGCCUCCAGUUGCCCAGCGAUCCGCCCCCAAGCCAGGCGUCCUGCUGGGAGGGGGGUUGGGGAGGUUGUUGGCAGGGCCAGGGCCAGGUCCUGGUGGGGGAAACCGAGGCACACGGCAGGGUGGAGCAGAGCUGGGAAUGGGACCCAGGAGAGAGAGAGAGAGAGAAAGUGAGAGUGAGCGAGCAAGCAAGAGGCCUGAUCCUGCCCGUCUCUGCCCCCAGAACCUCACAGAGCAGCUGUUCAUCUUCCCCAAGACCAUGUUCGACCAGUCCGUCAUCAAGGUGGUGCUGUCCCGCCCCCACGGCCUCAGCUUCUUCUUUCACCUCAGCCAGCUUCAUCUUAAACCCCGGUGGGAUCCCUGCCCUGGGGCCUCUCUCACACCCGUGUUUGCUUUGCAUGCCCAGAGGGUUCUGCUGAAGGAAAGCACCAGCAGCGGCAAGAAGCAGCCCGUGGGCAUUCAGCGGAGGGAAGCCCUGGCCCCCCAGGGCGAGAAGCCCCCCAAGGACAAGGUCGAAGGGCAGAAGCUGGUGCCCACUCGAGCAACUGAGCCCCCCACCAUGAUAGGGAAGCGAAACCAGAGCCGUGGGGAGGCCAAGGUGGCGCUGUCUGGAGCCCAGGAGAAAUCCAAGGUGGACACCACAGCAAGGACGUGGGACGACGGGCCCUACGUGUUGAUCCUGAAACUGAAGGGGAAGAGCGAGGAGCCACCCCCCCCUGGCGGCUGGGAGAUCUCCAUCCAAGUCCAGAUGAAGCAUCCCGUGUACCAGUACAUCUCUGCCUCCGAGUGGCCUCUCAUGGUGGUGAGCUGGGUCGGGGGGGAGAGCUGCUACUGGCGCGACAUCCUGGGCAUCCAGUUCUGGAUCGGCGGCGUGGUGCUGCUGGGCAUGCUGGAGAAGGCCGUCUUCUACGCCGAGUUCCAGAGCCUGCAGAGCCAGGGCGUCUCCGUGCAAGGGGCCGUGAUCUUCGCGGAGGUGCUGUGCGCUGUGAAGCGCAUGCUGGCCCGGGUGCUUGUCAUCAUUGCCAGCCUGGGCUACGGCAUCGUCAACCUGGUGAAGACCAUGAAGCUGCUGAAGCUGCGGCGCAACGUGGUGAAGCUCUCGCUCUACCGGCACUUCACCAACACCCUCGUCUUCGCCGACUGGCGGGAGCUGUGGAUCGACGACGCUUUCUGGCGCUUCCUCUUCUCCAUCAUCCUGCUCGUGAUCAUGUUCCUCUGGCGGCCCUCGGCCAACAACCAAAGAUACGCCUUCGUGCCGCUGGUGGACGAGGGCAGUGAGGAAGAGGAGGAGGAAGAGGAGCACAUGGUGAACGAGGCCUUCGAAGGCAUGAAGAUGCGGGGAGCGAAAAACGAAGCCAACGGAAACCUCAAAGGCAGCAGAGUGGACGAAGACCUGAAGUGGGUGGAGGAGAACAUCCCGUCCUCCAUGGCCGACGUCGUCCUGCCCCCGUUGUUGGACUCAGAUGAGGAAAUCGUGACCACAAAAUUCGAGAUGUCCAAGAUGGAGUGACGCGGGGCAGGGCCCCGGCUCUGGCAGGAAGCUCCACGGAUGGAUGUUUCGGGGGGUUUUGUUUUGUUUUGUUUUUUUAAUAUAUAUAUUUGUAUAUGGGUCUCACAGAUCCUGCCCGUCCCUUC